CUGAGACUGAACCCGCCACAUGUCUAUCAGCUACCUUCCUCAGUUCCCUUUCACCCCUCCAAGGUCUCCCGGCUAACAAAGCUUGUAGGCUAUUCUUUCAGUACCCAUCUUGCCAGCUAGCCGGGGAUCAUCUCUGCAAAGAAUAUAGGAUGGCGCAAUCCAGUCCAGCUCAAAUAGGCCUGUCUCCCACAGGCUGUCCGUGGUGCGCGCAUGAUCAACGCGGUAACCCCCCUAGCCAUACCAAAUGUGCCUGUUGCAAUGAGCUGGAAGAAAGGAGAUCGAUCCUGAAGAGAUGGGUAUGUUGAAACACUAAGCGUCUCGAAACUUAGAAACUACUAUUUGCAUGUACAUGUUCAUAUCAGGUCUGGAAACAGCCAGUAAGUUGCGGAUAUGUACAGAACUUUCGUUGCUUGGGUUUUUAAGGAAGAUUUGAUGGUAUUCGCAAGGAGCAGGGGCCCCAGUAGGAAAGAAAACAGUCAUCUCUCUCCCCACCUCUCUUUGAGGAGAAUGUUCCUACUUCUACAAUUAUGCAAGAAAUUGGAUGUACAUAGUCAUAGGAAGCCAGGCCAGAACGGGAAAGAAAGCAGGCCACAAAUGGAUAAAGCAAAACAAGAUGAUGGAAUAACAAUAAUGAUGGAGAGCAGCGCGAGCUAUGGGUACGGUACGGUGCCCCAAGAUAACAAGAGGAUGUCAGAUCUUCCUGCCCAAGGCGCGCUGGUGGAUACCUGCGAUUCAUGGCAGCUGGCGGACUUGUUGACGUACGGUGGACAGGGGGUGGAUAAGGUUGUUUUCAUCCUUGAAGAAGAGAGUAGGGAUGUUGUUGGUGUUCAGAUUCCAUUUUUGAGAAGUGGGAGGUUUAGCAAAGGAUGCAAAGGUAGAUAGGGGAUAAAAAAGAGAAUGCCCGUUGAGCUUGAUCUCAUCUCCGCUCAUAUAUACCCUCUCCACUUGUCUUUUUAUUCUUCU